ACAUGCACUACUGAAGAGAUUCUGCAAUCUGCUGUCUGGCAUUAGCAGCUCUCUUUGGGAACGCAACCGGUUUUUCGCACAUGUGCCACAUGUAGCAGCAUGUGGUGAUGAACAAGAUGCAACAGUUUGCAUUCCGUUUCAAUUAAUAACGGAUGGGAGUUAUUAUAUGAGUAGCAAGUAGGAAAAAUAAGUGGAAAAUUAGAAAAACCGAGAUAAUCGAUUGAAACAAAAUGAAGAACAAGCCAACGCGUCACAAGGAAACGAACACCUUCCAAUUUAAACCUUUCUCUGAAAGAAUUACCGAAAUCGAUGUCGAUAUCUUCCAUCAUGUUAGACAUCGGAACGAGGACAUUUCCGAGGAAAUUCAGACGUAUUUUCACGAAACGCUACAGAAAUGGAAUGUCCUUAAUCUAACGGAAGAUUAUACUACUUUCAAGAAACAAGUGCGAAAUAUUGUCACAUUACCUGAGCUACUUCACAGGAAGCGAUAUGUGAUUGACAUGCUCAUGGAGUACCUGAAAAAGCGAGAUUCCUUGUUCCUGCAGCCAAUCCUAGAGUUAAUAGUAGCUGUAGCAAGAGAUCUUCAGAAAGACUUUUAUGAAUAUUUCCCAGAAUUUUUAUCUGAAAUCGUUUGCUUGUUACAAACAAAAGAUGCAGAACAGAUAGAAUAUACAUUCACAACUCUGGCAUAUCUGUUUAAAUACCUAUGGCGAUAUUUGAUAAGAAACGUGAGAACUGUGCUCGCUUUGUUGUUGCCACUCUUGGCCGACACUCAACCAGUCUACAUAAAUAGGUUUGCCGCAGAAAGUUUCGCAUUUGUAGUUCGCAAAAUCAAAGAUAAAGAUUCCUUUUUGAAGUUGGUACUGCAAAUUUUGAGAGAUAACGUGAGUGGAGUCUUGGGUUACGGGAAAUUACUAUUUGAAGUUGUGUCUGGCACUCCUGGACAGUUUCACUCUUGCGCGGAGCAAAUGUUGUCGGUUUAUUUUAAUGCUCUGCAAGAUCAAUCUGUCGAUCAAAACCUCACUUAUCAAGUAUUAGAAGAGAUCGUAACAUGUAUUUUGCAAAGUAUACAUCCGCAAAAGUGCGAUGUCAUGUGGAAUAUAAUAUUAAAAAUGCUAGAUACAUUUAUCGAAAAAUUAAAUCAAUCGACUCUGGAAUCUGAUAGGCAGCAUGCGUUAGUUUUGUCCCUGCGCCUUAUACACAUCAUCAUUAACUAUAAAAAUGGAAAAUUUUUAAUUAAUCCUGUAUCUUUGACGACGAGAUUUGCAGUUCUAAUAGAUAAAAAUGAAGAUAAUAACGUUUUACAAGAAGUUAUUAAUGCAUCUGUUGCCAUUCUUUUAGCGUCCAAUAUUAAAUUAAUGCAAGAAGAUUCAACUCAAUUGUUACUGAAGAUUAUGACAGUGAACGAUAGAGACAUGUUGUACUCUUCUGUUGAGAGUUUAAUACAUUACUCUUCAUUUGAAACUUUAGUGUUACCGAACAUAUUGCGACGUAGCAUUUCCAUCGGAUUUGACAGUGAGACGUUGCUCCUGUUUGCCAAAAUAAUUGUUGCAAAAUCACCGCCUUGCCUCAAUGGCAUAACUCUAGACAAGUGGAAGAAAUACGUCUUUGAUAUACGGAAUAUUGGAACUGAAAAUCUCAAUUAUUUUUUGCUGGAAUUAAAGACAUUGUCCACUGAUUCCGUUUCACUGAAUGCGAUAAGAAUAUUAAUAACUUUACCACACUUGAAACCAAUGCAUGAAGAAUUCAAAGACGCAUUGAAAGCUGGAUUAUUAUUUUCAUAUGAAACGAUAUUAAAACACGAGAAUGCAGAGGAUGCUGCAAGUAUUAACAAAAUUGCAUUUGUAUUCUUGUUAACGUUAGAAUCAUUGAUACAUGUAUCAGAACCGCGUGAGCUUCACGAGUUUUUAGAAAAUUCUAAAAUAGCAAUAAUUAAUCUUGUUGAGAAGUACUACGACAAUACGUACAUCUUAAACGCGAUAGAUCUUUGCCUGACAUAUUUUGCCAAAUCGCAACAUCACGUGGAUUACAUUAAUUCUACGUCAUUCAAUAUAUUACAUAAUAAUGUAACAAAAAAGAUGAAUUCACCCUAUCAGAAGAUUCGGUUGACCGUCACACAUUUGUAUUCUUUAUUUUCCGAUAUCGACGAUCUCAAGAAUUCUUCAAUGCCAAACAGUGGAAAGAGUGCUUUCGAACUUGUGCAUUUAGUGGAAUGUGAAUCCACGACAGUACAAAACUACCGUGCCAAAUUGUUGCGUCUGCAAGCCCUAGAAUUUCAGAGUCCUGCGAUAUCUAAUCUAGAUCCGAAAUAUCAUGAAUUCCCAUUACGAUACUUGAUAGGUAAUUUGUACAUCAAUUUUUCUCUACUCUGGGAACCCGUGAGUGCAGUUAUAGCUAGUUACGGCAACAAAGAGUGUUCACAGUUCUGGCCAACGUUUCUGAAUGAAUUAACAUCUAACGUAUCGGAAAUCGAAUGGAAGCCAUCGUUCGAGUGCCAAGUUGUUUCCUCAUUGGAAAUGCUUUUAGAAAAGCACGAGGACAAGCCCGACCUCGAGAACCACAAAAUCCUUCUUUGGAGAUGUAUGACGCAUUUCUCGCAUUACGCCGAAAUGAAAAAUCGAGACUUAACUGGGCUGUUUAUCGAUUUUGUAAAUACAAACUUUUUCAAAUCUAACUCCGAAGACGGCAAGUAUUGUAACGUCAAAAAGCAUAAAGAGAAAUCGCCAGGUGUAGAUAAUGACACGGACGAGAACGAGGACGAUGAAGAACGGGACGAAACUGCGAAAGCUGCGCUAGCGGAUUCGAAGAUUCGAAAUUACAAAGUGAAACUGUUAAUCGCCCAGCUGCAGAUAUUCCACAAAGUGCUAAAUCCGAAAAUGUUAUACAGGGAGGCGGAGAUGCAUCAAAUUUAUCUGGACUUGCUUUUCUCGAAGAAUGUCGACGUACAGAAGGCAGCCUUGAAUUGUCUUUUCGCAUACAAGCACAAAUACCUUUUGCCGUACAAGGAAUCUCUGUUCGGUUUGAUAAGUGAGAAAAACCUUAAGAACGAACUGACGCGCUUCAAACUUGAUCGGGAAAGCAACGUGAUAAGCGAGGAACACCGCGAGAAUCUCAUACCAAUUGUAAUGAGAAUCACGUAUGCGAAAAUGGUUACAAAGACCAGUAUGCGAACUGGCGGGAAAGCCGGUGGAUUUGCACGGCGCAAAAUGAUAUUGCGCUUUUUAGGUGGUACGCAGGAAGACGAGAUGAUCACGUUCAUUAAAAUGGCAUUUAAACCCUUCAAGUCACACGUGUCGCUGGAGACAAACGACGAAGCGUUCAAUUUAAGACGGUGCACCGAAAAUAUCGUUAAUACGAUCGAUUUGCACAACGUAAUGCCACCUAAACGCAUGCAAAGCGCCGUGAAUCUACUGGCGAUCAUAAUAGAACAAUUUGGCGGAAAAAUGUCGACGAAGCUGCUGCCGCGUUUGCUGAGAAUACUAAUCUGCAUCCUGGCCGAAGUGACUGGAAUUCUACGAAGAUCGGAAGAAGUCUACUUGGGCUACUUACCGGCGAUCAAGAUCGUAAGAACAAAUUCUAUUGGAAUAUUGGCAAGAUUCUUCACGCAUUUCGAAAACUACGACUGGCAGCAGCACGAGAUAGACGCGCUUUACUCUGUCGCGAUAUUCCCCUGGUUGCAAAAAUUGCCUAUCGAGGGUAUACAUAGCCCUACCGCCUUGCUGAAACUAUUUAUGGCCUGGGGCCAGAACUCGCGAUAUUAUCCAUUGUUCGUGAAGCAUCAGGAAGGUAACGAGUCGAUCAGUCCUCUCCCCUACGUUAUACAGCUUCUCCUGAAUCCUCAGACGCACCAAUCGGUUGUUAACGCUAUUCUGGAGAUUAUCGAGAAGAUGUUGACGCUAUAUGACUAUGGGAAAUGUAAUGAGAAUGCGAUGGAAGUGGACGAACCGUUCCUACCACUGACACCAACGCUCACGAACCUACUCGAGGUCGACAAAAAGACGCUCUCGAGCGGGGUCAAUUACGGCUCGGCCGUUCUUCUGCCGCACAUUCCUCACAUCUUGGAAUUUAUCAAGAACAAGCUGAAGAGAUCCAGCAAAGGCAUAAACAAGACUGAGUUGCUUAUAUUGUCGCGAAUUUCCGAAUUUGUCAGCGACGCCGAGACAUGCGAUACAGUGUUGAAACUGAUUUUGCCCAUAUUGAUCAAAAAGGCUGCGGUUAACAACGAGGAGGCUGUCAUGGAACUGCUGACGACCGUCAUAAAUCUUGUGAAGAUCGUGGACAAGCCAGAGAUUCAUAUACGCACCAUCGCACCGUUGAUAGGCCUCGUGUCGGACAUGCCUGCCCGCAAGUUCCUUCUGCGACUGUACAAUACUAUUGCUGAAAGAUCCUCGGAGCAGCAUCGUGAAACGAUGACACGGGAUUGCGGUAUUUUGACUGCUCUGAAUGCAUGGGAUCACAAAUGGGUCGACCAGCCAGAUUUCCAGAAAAGAUUGGACGCCUUCGGUGAGAUCAGCAGGAUGGUUGAGAAAAACGCGAUCACUUUGGAGUUUGGCGUGACCGUAAUGCACAAUUGCUUUUACUUCUUAAAGACUGAAUCUGAUUUGGCGAUGAAGGAUUACUCUGGCCAGUGCCUGAAACUCAUUGGCUCGAGAUUGGCGAAGGAACACCAAAGCAAUACCGUGAACAGGCGCUACUUAAUGGACGACACGAUCCUGACGCUCACGAGGAAAGGGAUCAUCAGCAGAAGUGAGACCGUCCGCCUGCAGUCGUUGGCAUUUUUAGGACACAUGGCCCUGGAAUGCGCAGACGUACAUCCUAUUUUGCGAGAUUUAUCCUUGCUCACCAAUCGCGCUGACCCGGAAGUCGAUUUCUUCGAGAAUAUGCAGCACUUGCAGUUACACAGGAGAGCUCGCGCGCUGUUAAAGUUCUGUACGCUCGCUAAAACGUUACAGAAACCAAUGAACCCGAAAACUUUGACGCAAUUCAUCCUUCCUCUCUCUUCGUCAUACUUAUGCAACGAAGCUUUUGUCCAUAAAAACAGUCUCCUCGAUGCUGCUAUCGAAACCGUCGGAAUGGUGUGCAGACAUCUACCGUGGCACCAUUAUGAGAUCAUCCUGAAACAUUAUCUGAAUAAAUUAAGAAGCUCCACGGAGUAUCAAAAACAGCUCGUUAGAAUAGUCAUAGGAAUACUGGACUCCUUCCACUACGAUCUCUCCAAGUAUAAAACGGCGGAAGAAAUUCCGCAAAUCGAAGCAGUCUCGGCACAAACCGGCGACGAUGUUGCUGCCGUCGAUGAAAAAGAACCUGACGCAACGGUCGGUGAUGAGAACCUUGAAGAAACGGAACAGGAAGCCGAGGAAAAAUUAGAGAAAGCACUGGAUGACGACAACGUCGAGAAUAUUGAAGAAAUAGAGAAGGAUAACAAAGCGAACAAAGGAAGCGUGCCAAUAAUUGAGAAACAGACGCUACUUUCUCAAUACGGAGCGAAGAGAGUAGUGUCCAGUAUAUCGAACGGUUUAUUGCCUCAACUGCAUCGGUCUAUCGUGAGCAAAACUCGGCAGGACAGUAAGCAUAAGAUUAAUAGGAAAAAGAUUACCUCCGAGAUCGAGGAAGAUGAUUUACUGCGAGUGCCUAUUGCUCUCGCACUCGUCAAAUUACUGCAAAAACUGCCUGAGAGUCUUUUGAAUGCGAAUCUACCAGGAAUUUUCAUAAAACUGUGUACAUUUCUUAAAUCACGUAUGGAAUCAGUUCGACGAGUAACUCGCGAGAUAUUGCAGAAAAUUAUGAUAACAUUAGGACCGAAAUAUCUUCAUCAUCUUCUAAACGAAAUGAACGCGUUAUUAACCAAGGGAUACCAAGUACACGUUCUCGUUUACACGAUUCAGUCGGUAUUGCUCGCACUGAAGCCCUACUUUCAGAAAUUUGACAUUAACAACAAUCUGCAAAGCAUUCUAUCUGUAUGCAAGAUCGAUCUAUUUGGCUUAACUGCGGAAGAGAAGGAGGUAGCUGGUAUUGUCAGAAACGUAUCGGAGGCAAAGAGCGUCAAGAGUUACGAUAUUUUUCAUAUACUAGCAGAAUUUAUAACGGAAUCGUGCUUGCUGGACCUGAUUCUGCCUUUAAAAGAGGUGCUGAUGAAAACGCAUUCACAUAAGACGGUACACAAAGUUGUGGAAUGCCUUCGGAACGUAUCUCUGGGAUUGGCAGACAACACUUACAUACGGUUGGAGCAAAUGCUCGUGUUUCUUUACGGUGUUGUCUCAGAGAGCAUACCAAGUCUGUUACCUGAAAAGGAAAGCGGACAAUCCGCGGAGGAGGAAGCGAAAACUCUAGUGCGGCGACAGUCGGACUGUUACAUUAUACCGGCCGAGCCGAAAAGUCGAAUGGGUAUGAAAACCGCAGCAAAAACCACGAGGCACGCCAAUGUCCACGUAAUGAUAGAAUUUGGCUUGAAACUGUUUCAUAUAUUGUUGAAGCGGGAUAAAAUCUCCAGUGUGGAAUAUAAAUGUUACUUGGAGCCUUUCGUGACGAUCUUGGGUGAUUGUCUGAGCUCUCAGCACGUUAAGUUGUCUACCGUAGCGUUACAGUGCUUGAACUGGAUGCUUAAAAUGGACUUAGCUUCGAUGCAGACGUCGAUAUCGAGCAUCUGCACCGCCAUGUUCAGUAUUUUGUACAAAUACACCACCGUAGGGCUCAGCAGGGGCGACAAUUUUGAUCUCGUGAUGGCCACGUUCAAGUGCAUGGCCGUGAUCGUGCGCGACGUGAAACACUUCAACAUCGACGCUGAUCAGCUGAAGAUCCUAAUUUUGUACGCGGAGCAAAAUCUGUACGACAGCGAUAAGCAAGCCACCGCGUUUACCUUGCUCAAGGCUAUAAUUCACCGAAAGAUGACCGUCCCCGAGAUGUACACUGUGAUGGAGAAAGUGGCGAUGCUGAGCAUCACCUCGGAAUUGGAGCACGUUAAACUGCAAUCGCGAUCGGUAUUCUAUUCGUACCUGAUGGAGUAUCCGCUUGGCAAGCACUUGGACAAGCACAUAUCUUUUUACCUGACGCAGUUGAGCUACGAGACGCAACCAGGCCGCAUGAGCGCGCUAGAGAUGAUUCAUACCAUCGUCACGGGAUUUCCAUUGAAGGCCUUGAUUAUACGAUCAGGACUUAUAUUUCUGAUGACUGGCACGAGACUGAUAAACGACGACAAUCCGAAUUGUCUCAAGCUCUGUGCGAAAUGCAUAAGAGAAAUGCUUGCUCGAUUACCUUCCAACAAGAGGAACGUGCUUUUUGACACGGUCCUCACUUGGCUAAGCGACUCGAAGAUAAGACACCGAACGUUAGCGGCGCAAUUGUGCGGCAUAUUUGUGACCGUCGAGAAAAAUGAAUUCGCUUUGCGACUACCUGAGGUGUUGCCGUUAUUAUUGAAACAGUUCCACGCAAGCUUCGCCGUUUCCAGCAACGUGGAAAUUGGAAAGUGCGUAAAGCUCAAGAAUCUAAAUCAUCCAGAGGAAGAUAAUAAGUCGAAGGAUCCAGAAACGUUAAAGGAUCACCACCUGUUCCAAGUAUUUCAGUUGCUGUUAAAAAUAUCGGCACAUUGCCCAGCUUUCCUCACGAACGAGAAAUACAGGGACUUCAUGCACUCUUUCGCCCAAUAUAGCCAGACUUUAUUGGCUUAUCCGCAUAUUUGGGUUCGACUGGCAGCCACACAAUUGAUCGGUUUUAUCUUGACCUCCCUUGACGUCGAUAAAGUCGCCGAGUUUUUAAAUAAUCCAACAGACAACGAAACACAAGAGACUCACGUGUAUUCACGAUCCACUGAUACUUUGAGGAGUUUAAUCCUAGACUUAGUAGCACAGCUUCAUCCGGACAUGACGUUCGAAGAGUUAGCGGAUCAAGUUGUAAAAAAUCUCAUUUUUAUCGCGAAGAUAUUGAAGUCGAUCAAAGGAUCCGCUGCGAAAAAUAACGAAGAAGACAAUGAGAAGAAUAAAGAGGAGAAUAAUGCUAAUCUAUCUCUUCUUCCUUGGCUCGUAAGAAAAUUGAGGAAAGCUGUUAACGUGGAGAUAACGCAAGCUCCCAAAUCAACAUCAGUGAGAACUGCAGUGUUCAAGUUUAUUGCUGGUGUAGUGGCUACAAUACCCACGGAGCAUUUAAAUGCGAUACUGUUUAGUAUCACUUCUCCGUUGGUACGCGAGAUAGCUACGACAGAGGAAGCAAAUGCUGAAUUACGUCGACUAGCCAAAGAGGUAGCAACCAUGAUUAAAAAAGCUAUAGGGAACGAAGAAUAUGCCAAACUAGUGAAUCGAGUGCAACAGAAACUGAAUAUUAAGAGGGCAGAAAGAAAAAAGGCUCGCGCACAACAGUUUGUAGUUGAUCCCGAGUUGGCGGCGAAACACAAAUUGACUAGACAGCAAAAGAAGAAGGAGGCGAAAAAAAGGAAAUUGAACAGUAUGAAAGGGAAAAAAGUCAUAAAAAAACGUAAAAAACCGGUAGACCUGGAAAUAUAACUACAGUGUUUCUAAUUUGCGUAACACAUAGUUAUAUUUCUAGGUACGUGUGUGUGUAUGUAUAUAUUAUUUUUUAUAUAUAUAUGUGUGUAUAUAUAAAUGUACGUUAAGCAGCUACAUCAUACAAAGUACUUGUACAUAACUUUUAAUUAUAGAAAUUUUUUACAAUAAAAAUGUUAAUAAAUUACCAAUAAAUAUCGCGCCAAACAAUAAGUGUUAUUAAUUUAUAUUAUAUAUUAUUUUAUAUAUUCUCAAAUUUUUUCUUAUCUUGUAUAUUAUUGAUAUCUUCUUUUUGCAUUUGUAUUACAAUUUUGAUGUAGUAAAAAGAGCGAAAACGGAAAGAAUGAGAAAAGUUCAGAUGGCGUGUAGUAUCUAUUUCGGUCAUGCGCAUUCCAUCUCGUGGUGCGUAUCAAAGAUUCCAACAGAGUUGCGCUACUGCAUACAUAUAUACUGUGCCGUGACCAAAUGAUGACAAGUGGCACUGUGUGAUAUACGUAGACGUGACAUAACCUCUGCCGUCAUCGCGCAAUAUUUUCUGUGCUUGACGAUGUAAAAUAUUUCUAGGAUUUUAUACGCGACGUGACAUUUACAGAGCGCUGUGCAGCAAAAGCCAGUUGCACGAUGAACUUGAAUAAGACAGAAAAGUUAUUAGCCGCUAAGAGGAAGGUAACGUAACGUGUAAUGUAACGUGGAAACAAGAUCGUUGACAACUUCCAAAACUGUCAUAAUGUAUUCAAUAUAAGUGGCGUAUGGAUUGACAUAGCAUUAAAAGAAUUUCAACUUCAAAAAAGAUUGCAUGCACAGGAACACUCGAGCAAACAAAAUACAAAUGCAAAAAA